AUGGCGGCCCAGUUCAUCGGCUCGCACAUCUCGCUCGUGUCGAAGAGCGAUAUCCGCUACCAGGGUGUCCUGCACUCCAUCGACCCGGCCGCCGCGACAGUCUCGCUCGAGAGAGUCCGCUCGCUCGGUACAGAGGGCAGGAAGGAGAACCCCGCUGAGGAGGUUCCCGCCAGCGACACCGUCUAUGACUUCAUCGUCUUCCGCGCGUCGGACGUCAAGGACUUGCAGAUUGAGGCGCCGACAGCGAACGACUCCGCUCCUCAGGACCCUGCGAUUGUCGGCACCGCCGCGCCGGCUUCGUCUGCUGCCCCCGCCGCGACUUCGCCCGCUCAGCCUGCUCCCGCCUCUCCUCCCAAGCCCGCACAGCCGCAAGCUCCUGGCCCUCAAUCUCCGUUCCUCCCUCCGCCUCCUCCUCAUCUCGCCGGCGGCUCGCCUUUCGCGCCGUACCCGCCUCCCUUCCCCUCUCCCUUCGGCGCACCCGGUCCCUUCGGUCCUCCCGGCGGGUUCGGCCGCCCCCUCCCGCCGCAUCCGUACCCUGGCUUCGGUGCUCCCGGCCCUUUCGGCGCACCGGGCCCGUUCAGUCCAGGUGGACCUGGCGGCUUCCCCGGCCAGCCUCCGUUCCCGCCGCAACAGCCGCCGCAACAGCAGCAGGCGCCGCCUCAGGCUCCUCAGCAAGGACCCGUCAGUCCCGCCGGUCCCGCUGCGGCUGCUCCGCCCCAGAAAAGCGAUGCACCGACCUCGUCUGCUCCCGCCGUCCCUCCGACGGCUCCUGCGCCCGUGACGCCGAACGAGACUCGCCCUGAGACGAAUGGCGCCGCCAUGAUUUCAUGGUCGCCGACUGCUCCCACCGACGCUGCUCAGACCGCCUCGCCGAAGAAGCAGCCGGCCGACAUCGAGCAGCUCGCCAAGGACAUGUCGCGCGCGAACCUCGGGCAGGCGCCUCGUCAACAGCAAGGCGGCCGUCGUGAAGACGGCAUCGGCCCUUCGCUCUUCUUGGGCUCGUCGCAGGUCUCGGGCUCGUCGCAGGGCCGCGAGAACCAGAACCGCGCAGGUCGCGCUCUGCAGCCGUACCCUGGCGGCGCCGGCGGCAAGCAGGCUGUCCCCGUCCCCGACACCGAGUUCGACUUUGCCAAGUCGAACGCCGCUUUCCAGAAGCCCUCGGCUCUCCCGGCCGCUGACGCUGCUGCUGGUCCCUCUACCGGUGGCGACACGGCUGGCGAAGGCGAGGCGCAGGCUCCCGAAGGCGACGACUUUGUUGUCCCGCCUCCGACCGAGAACUUCUACAACCCGAAGAAGUCCUUCUUCGACUCGAUCUCGUCCGACGCCAAGACGCGCACCGACCCGGCUCAGCAGUCGGCGAUGGGCAGGUACGGCGGCAUGGGUGGCGGAGGAUACGGUGGAGGAAGGUACGACAGGCAGAAGGAGCGCGAGCGGAAUAUGGAGGCGUUUGGCGAGACGGGCGCCGGGCUCGGGCGCGGCGGACACAGACGCGGACCUGGAGGAGGCGGUCGCGGCCGUCGUCAGGGCGGAGGCGGACAGGGCGGUGGACAAGGAGGUGGACAGGGCGGCGGAUAUGGCGGUGGCCAGCGGUAUGGCGGCCGCCAGCAGCAGCAACAACAGCAGCAGUAA